AUGGCAGACAAUUCUCAAAAGAUGAGCUACCAUAUUGGAGAAACGAAAGGCCAAGCACAGGAGAAGGCAAGCAAUCUAAUGGACAAGGCAGGUGAUGCGGCCCAAUCAGUCAAGGAGUCAGUGCAAGAGGCAGGACAACAAAUAAAGGCUAAGGCACAGGAUGCAACUAAUGCUGUCAAGGAUGCCACGGGGAUGAAUAAAUGA